CUCAUAGUGUUUGUUGCACUAAAGGACUUCACUUCUUGGUUCAACAUAGGUCAUCUCACUUUAGGACUGUUGACAAGGACAAUUUCCUACUUCUCAACCCAGGAUGUUCCUCAGACUCUUGGUCUUUUUCCUACUUCUCCUGCCAGGGAUGCAGGGCAGAAAAGUUGUUAAAAGUGGCGAAUGGAACUACAAAGAUGGAUCUGAUAAAGUUAAUAUGCGCGGAGUUGCCAAUCUGACACAGAUACUGGACAACUGGAGAUUUGACAUUUUGACUCAGAUGAGAGACAUGCUGACGAAUGACCACCAGUCCCUCCUCCCAGACUAUGCCAGAAUAACACCUCUUUCAGAGGCACUUAGCGAUCUGUUUACUGAGUUUAAUGCUCUAAAAGAACGACUGAAAGAUCUGACCGACAAGUUUACUGCCCUGGAGGUGACUGUUGAAGAAAUGAAAGCGAAUAAUAAUGCUCCACGUUUGAUUCCAAGUGGACCCAGGCAAAAACCCAAUCUACCAAAGAGAAAGCUGAUGGUUCCAAAGAAAAAGAAGGUCCCCCAGCAAUAAAGCAAAGCAAGAAUUAAUUGCAAACCACAUCAUUUCAUAUAUAUUUUAUAUAUAUAUUAUAUACAUACAACAAGCACAUAAAAAGACCAGCAGGAUUUGCAUGUGCUGUUAUGCAAUUUCCUUUUGAUGAUAAAUAUUUAUCAAUUGCUAAUGAAAAAUUUUUGUUGCUGUAGAGCAUCUCUUGUGCUGUGUUCCCAAAACUUUGCCGACCAUAUUUCUACAUUUUGAAUAGUGUUCUGUUACUCAGUUUUCUCACUGUCUACAUAUCUCACCUAUACGCAAUAACUGUAAUGGAGAAAAUGUAUCUUCUGUUCAGCAAUUAUAAUAA